AUGAAGUUCAUCACUGUCGCCGUUGCCGCUCUGGCCUCCGUCGUCGCUGCUUCGCCUUUCGCGCAUAAAUGCAAGCCUGCUACUUAUCGAUGCGAGCGUUCGCUGCGAGCGUGGGACGUUUGCAACACUAGCGGCGACUGGGUGUUUGCUGGCCGCUGCCCGCCCGGAACGAUCUGCAAGUUCAACAAGCAAAAUAACAGCCCUUACUGCCUCCCUCGCCGCACGGUCGAGUACGACUACACGGACGAAUACUACUACCCCGACGAGGAAAUUGAAAUUUAA